AUGGCUUCUAAUGGAAAAGAGACAACUAUGGCAUCCCCAGAGCAUGGAGAGGAAGAGCAACAGAAUGUCUUGAGGAGGGUGGCCAGCCUACCUUUAGUCAACUCUGCCUAUGAUCUGGCUGCCUCUGCCUACGCUUCCACCAAGGAGAGCCAUCCCUAUGUGAGGUCCAUCUGUGACAUGGCAGAGAAGGGAGUGACGUCCAUAACCAAUGUUGCAGUUAGCAGUGCACAGCCAGUUGUAACUAAACUUGAACCUGAGGUGACAACAGCAGAGGAGUGUGCUUCUGAAGUACCUGACAAAGUGGAGGAUAAUCUACCAAUCCCUCAACAGACUGCUGAUGAGGUUACAUCUGAAGCACAGGAGCUGGCAUCUUCCAGACUGACAGAUGUCAAGGAGACCAUGAUCAGAAUGGUAGAUAUGACCAAAGAGGCUGUGCAGGACAGUAUGAAGAGCACCAAAUCAGUGGUAACUGACAGCAUGAGCACAGUUGUGGGAUCAAGAAUGGGCCAAUUGGCCAUAAGUGGAAUGGAAGCAGUGCUGGAGAAAUCUGAAGAGCUCUUGGAUCAUUAUCUUCCCAUGACUGAUGAGGAACUAGCUGAACUUGCUGAAUCUGUGGAAGGGGCUGAAGUGUCUUCAGCACAACCACAAGAGCAUCGGAGCUACUUCGUGCGGUUAGGUUCCCUGUCAACCAAACUUCGCCAACGUGCCUACCGCUCUUCCCUAAACAAGAUGAGACAUACCAGUCAAAGCAUCAGAGAGGCUCUUUCCCAGCUUCAUCAAACCAUGGGACUGAUUGAAUACCUUAAGCAAGGUGUUACUCUUCAAGAAGUCCAGGAGAAGUUCCAUCACAUAUGGGUGAGCUGGAAUAGAAAGCAGACAAAAGGCAGUGAGAUCAAAGAUCUGGCAAAACCAGAGAUGGAGUCGGAGACUUUGGCCAUGUCCCGCAGCAUUAUCCAGCAGCUGCAGGAUGCCUGCCAGAUGCUAGUAUCCAGCAUUCAAGGUCUCCCCACCAACUUUCAGGAUAAGGUGCAACAGGUAUAUCACAACAUGGAAGAGCUGCAUGCUUCCUUCUCCACUGCCCAUUCCUUCCAGGAUCUCUCCAGCAGCCUCCUAACCCAGAGUCAGGAGAUGGUGACCAAGGCCCAGGAAUAUGUAGAUGAGCUGAUGGCAUACAUGAUGGCAAAUACUCCUCUGUCUUGGGUUGUGGGACCCUUCACCCCAUCAGGCAAGGUGUCUGCAGAUUCCAUUGAACCACAAAACCAAGAAAAUGAGGCUGAGGAAGCUGAAGUCCUCACAGCAUCCAAGGCUAAGGAGGACCUGUGA